GCAUGCUCCGGGUCUUUGGAGGGAUAUUUAGCCUCCGAGGCCAGAGUCUCCUUCGGUACAGAGGACAAGGGGAGAGGGAGUUGCUAGAGGAGAAACAGAAGCUCGCCUUCUACCGAAUGACCUCUAAAGCCAGAAAGCGAGUGGUCCUCCCCACAAGACCAUCUCCACCCACAAUUGAACAGAUCCUGGAGGAUGUCCAUGGUGCUCUGCCCUCUGAUCCAGUUUUCACCUCCUUUGCCCCACAAGCCCUGGAAGAGCUUCCUGCCAUUCAGGAGAAUGAAGACCCAGAGGCAGAAAGGGAACGGCAGUACCAACAGAGUCGCUCCUAUGUGGCCCUGAACCAUCGGCUCCAGCUGGCCUGUGGCCUGCUGAAAGAGAAGUGUGAGGAGUUGCGGCAGUCUGGGGACAGCCUUGAGCGAGACAUCUUAGAGAUGAAGCAGAGGACCCUCUCUGGUGCGCAGGGUUCCAGCUGUCUUCCUGGUGUGGGUUCCUCAGGUUGAUGUCAUGAUUUUUGCUUCAUUUUUGGAAGUAAAAUUCAGGACCUCUGUGUCUGCAGAAACACAAGCUUUUCUGGAAGCUGCUUUUCCAAGGCUUAGUUGUCUGCCAGUUCUGGCCCUCUGGGUUUUCUUCCACCCUUUUCUCUCCUUCAACCCACCUGCCUCUUCAGACUUGAAGUCCUGUCCCCAGCUGGGAGAGGGGUGGAGUAAUAUUGCAGUAUGACAUCUACCUCUGGCCCUAUAAGGAGGACAAGAAUGUCCCACAGAGCUUCACAUGUAGUAUCAGGACCUGAAACCAAUUGUUACAACCUUUGGGGAGGUCAAGAUUGGUCUAGGCAAAUUUGAGUGCCUAAGCGUAUCUAGAACAGUACUAAAGCAGACCAUUGGGUGGGAUGGUGAAGCCCUCUCUGGAGCUUGGCCUUUCUGUGAAUUGAGUGGGAUAAAUGGAGGUGGGGACUCAGGGCUUCUGAUUGACAGCUAGGCCUACGUCGCAAGUUACUAAGAAAUCACCUGCCCUAUAGGAAUCUGGAACUUAGAGAAGCUGGACCCACUUCCUCCCCACUACCACCUCAGCAGGAGCCUUGCCAAAUAAGGAUAUAAGUGUUCUUAAGAAUUGUGAUUGGCUCAGUUAGCAUCUCCUUGUCCCUUGUACCUGGGUUAGAGUUCUUGUGAGAUUGUGAGCCUGGACUCCACCAAUGAGAAUAAAAGGACAGUGGUGGGGUGGGUUGUUUGUGUUAGGGUCUAACAGCUAAGUUCUGCCCUCUGGGCUCUGCUUCUCCCUACCCAUUUCCUAUCGGUUUGGAGAUCACCCUUUCCCGUGGGAUCGUAAUAAAAUUACUUUGUACUUGA